CACGCUUGGGACGGACGACGCGUUAAGAUCCAUCGAUGCAACUGAUUUAGGAUGAUUUAUGACAACUAUUGACUCCCGACCCCUUACUGAACUGUCUGAGACGAGACAUCUACCCCGCCAUUGAGCCACCAUGCCUGGCCGAUCCGCCCGUUCAACGUCCACCGCCACGCGCAAGACCUCCGCUCAGCCCUCGCGCGCAGGCUCAGUGACCCCGUCUUUCACUAUCCCCGAGGAGCCUUCACUUCCAGAGGCUAUUCCCACUUUGCGCCGCGAUGUAUGCUCUCUUUUCGCCGAUGCGCAGCGCUCGACAACCGGGCAUCGGAAACUCGUCGUCCGACUGAGGAAGCUCCAAGAAGCUUGCUGCGGCAUAUCCCAGAAGAGCUCCAAGAAGGAUGGCAACAAGUCCCAGGCAGAGUGGACGCUUCCUAUGGAAGAGACCCUGCCUGAGACAGAGUUUAACACGGAAGUCGGCCGUUGCGUUCUGCGCAUUCUCCCUAUCAAGAAAUCAGAGCCGGUCGGAGACCGCAUCCUACGCUUUCUCGGCGCAUUCCUGGCAUUGGCUUCCGAGAAGGAUGCAGAGCUGUAUGCUGCAGAUGAUGAUGACGAAGAUAUGCAAAAUUCGCCCGAAACGCCAACUUCCCGCUUGACGACCAGUCUGAUCAACAUGAUCGUUCCCUUAUUAGCAACAAAAGACAAGACGGUCCGCUUUCGUGCCACCCAAAUCAUCGCCCACAUUGUCAACUCCCUCGAAACGAUAGACGACGACCAAUAUCACGCCAUUCGCGGCGGUCUUGUGAAGCGCAUUCGAGACAAGGAGCCUGCCGUAAGAGUGCAGGCUGUCAUGGGACUUGGCCGUCUCGCAGGCAACGAUGACGAAGAUGACGAUGACAGCAAGGCCGUGCUCGAGCGACUCAUCGAUAUUAUGCAGAAUGAUACCAGUGCCGAUGUACGAAAGACCCUACUUAUCAACCUCCCUCUGGUGCCGGGUACCCUGAAAUAUCUCCUGGAACGAGCCCGCGAUCUCGAUGCCGCCACUCGACGUGCCUUGUACUCGCGUCUUCUUCCCACCCUUGGUGACUUCCGGCAUUUGUCGCUGUCUAUGCGAGAGAAGCUUCUUCGAUGGGGUCUUCGUGACCGUGACGAGAGCGUUCGCAAAGCCACGGGUAAAUUGUUCUACGACCGCUGGGUUGAAGACUGCGCUGGCACCAACAACGACCCCGAAGCCGGACCUACAGGCCAACGCUCCCCACCGAACUUCAACGGGCUGCUUGAGCUCCUCGAAAGAAUUGAUGUUGUCAACUCCGGAGUAGAGUCUGGAAUUGCACACGAAGCCAUGCGUAGCUUCUGGGAAGGUCGCCCGGAUUAUCGGGAGGCGGUUGUUUUCGACGAGCCUUUCUGGGAGAACCUUACCGCAGAAUCGGCCUUCAUGAUCCGGUCUUUCAGCGACUUCUGCCGCGUUGAGAAUGAAGGGAAGUACGACAAGCUUGCAGACGAGAAGAUGCCCGAAGUUACAGCCCUUGCGUUUUACCUACACAAGUACAUGACCGACCUGUUGCAGCGGAAGAAGAUCGCCAAAGAGACCGGUGAUGCCAAUGAUGACGAUUCCGUGGAGCAAGAAUUUAUCGUGGAACAGUUGCUGCAUAUCUCCAUGACUCUGGACUAUAGUGAUGAAGUUGGACGGCGCAAGAUGUUCUCCCUACUGCGUGAGUCGCUUGCCGUACCGGAACUCCCUCAGGAGUGCACCAAGCUUGCUGUCGAGACCCUGCGAUGUGUUUGCGGCCCCAACGCUGCUGCUGAAAAGGAAUUCUGUAGCGUUGUUCUGGAAGCCAUUGCUGAAGUCCACGACACUAUUGUGACUGAGGACAGCUUCGUGUCUGCAAGGUCAGAAAUCAGCGAUGCCAGCUCCACCCGCCACCGAUCCGAGACCCCUCAGUCCGAAGAAGAGAAGCCUUUCAACAAAGAGGAGGCUAAAGCGAAAGUACUGAAGGAGAUCAUGGUCAACAUGAAAUGUCUGCACAUUGCGCAGUGCAUGCUGCAGAAUGUCGAGGGCAACCUCCAGGCCAACAUGAACUUGGUGACUAUGCUUAACAACCUCGUCGUGCCUGCCGUUCGAAGCCACGAGGCCCCUAUCCGUGAGAGAGGUCUUGAGUGUCUGGGUCUUUGCUGUCUACUCGAUAAGACUCUGGCUGAGGAGAACAUGACUCUCUUCAUCCACUGCUUCAGCAAGGGCCACGAGGCUUUGCAGGUGACUGCCAUCCACAUCUUGUGUGAUAUGCUGACAACGCAUCCCACGCUGCUUGUGCCUGUGGAACAAGAUGACGGUGAGACCGUGGCGCCGCCAGUUUUCCAGAAGCCAUUGUUGAAGGUUUUUGCUCGGUCGCUGAAGUCCAGCUCGCCUAACAGCGUGCAAACAGCUGCCGCUACAGCGCUCUCGAAAUUGUUGCUCACAAACACGUUCACACCAGCGGGGGCGAACAUCCCCCCGGCCAUUCAGGAAUAUAACCAGACUUCCGUCGAGACUCUCCUGCAGUCACUUAUCCUUUCCUUCUUCCAUCCUCGUACUCGGGACAACCCUGCGCUGAGACAGGCCUUGGCCUACUUCUUCCCCGUGUAUUGCCAUUCACGACUGGAAAACACCCAGCACAUGCGAAAGGUCGCGGUUCCUGUGAUCCGGGCCACGCUGAAUGCCGCCGAAGAAUAUUACUCGCUCGAGGCUGAGGAAGACAGUGACGGUGAUAUUGAUGAGUCGGUGGGCCAGCGGGAGCUGAAGGCAUUGAUGACCGGCGUUGUGGGUAUGCUGGCUGAGUGGACUGAUGAGCGGCGGGUUGUCGGAUUGGGCGGGGAGAGGAUUCUUGCGGGUGGUCCGGCCAACGCCAAUGCUUGCGGUUUUGUCCACCUCGCCCUGGUCAAGGAUAUCCUCGAGCGGGUGCUAGGAAUUAGCACCGGCACCAACCGUUGCUCCAAGGAAGAGAAGAAGCUGCUCUUCUCCCUUAUGAGCAAGCUCUAUAUCGCUCCUCCGGUCGUUCCCUCGCGGUCUGGGUCCCGGGCUCCUGAAGGCGAGGAUCCGUUCAGUUCCAGCGUUCGCAGUGCGCAGGCGGAAAUUACGCCGGAGAAUAAGGAACUGGCGCAGGGGGUGAAGGAGCUGCUGGAUGAGGCGAUCGAGGAAGGCGUGGCCGCCGAGGCCGCCGGGCGGAACGCGCUCGUCAAGGUCAAGAACGCGGUCCUCAAGCUUCUGGCCGCGGCUCAUGGGGGACGCCCGACCAGCGGGCGAGCCCGUGAAGGCAUGGAAGAAGGCGAUAGCGAUGUUAUGAGCGUGCGGUCGAACAUGAGCGUCCGGUCUGGUAGUGUACGACCAUCCAUUGAGCCCGGGACCAUGCGGCGGGGCUUCUCACUGGAGCCAAGUAUUAUCGAAGAAGAGGAUGAGAACGACGAUAGCCGGACCACGAUCGUGAAGUCGGAAGGUCAGGAUGACGAUUAAAUCCGAAGAUAGUUGGACAUGGGAUUGGGAAAGGCGUUUGAGAAAGGUUUCACCCGGUGCGUUGGGAUGGGUUGGCUUGACAUGGGACGGGCCGUGUAGUUAGGUGUUUGGUUACGAGUGUACAUGAUGUUUAUAGUUG